AUGCCCAGCAUAAUUUUGAGCUCGUCGGUCUUUCAGCAUAUGCUUAACCUCACAAAUGUCGCUUUUGGCUACCUCCUGUCAGGUGUCAUGUAUGCUGUCGCCGUCAGUAUUAGUUCUGCUCAGUUCGUGCAGUACACCAGGUCUGGUGGAAAAAUGUUUCUUUAUUUUGGCCGCUGGACUGUCCACCUUAGCGUCUGGAAGAAGAUAGGCUAUUUCAUCGAGCUUGGUGUUGUGCUAGCCCCAUCUCACUCCUCUGUUGUCUUGGAGCGCUUUGAUAUCCCUGGGAUUGAGUACUGCAAGGGCAUAGCCCGCAACAUGACGCUGAAUCCAGAACAUCUGGCCACUACUCCCUCUGGCAAAUGCAAUGACCUCCUUCUAGAUGGCUGGCUCUAG